AUGUCGAAUUGGUUGACCCUUCCGCAGCUGAGGGGAGAAGCUGAUAAUGUUCCUGGCCCCUCUCCGGCCGCAGCACAACAUGCACCAGCAACUUGGGAAGCCAUUGCUGAGGUGGCACAAGAAGUACAGAAGCAACACCAUCAGCAACAAGAGGAACAGAGGAUGAGACAAGAGCAGCAACAGCAACAACAGCAACAAAUUGAACUGCGACAGGGUCAACUUGGAGGAGCUGUCGCAUUGGAUGGUCCGAUCGAUCCAGGUAUCGAGCAGAAAAUGCCCGGAUCAGGCGGUUCUGCCGAUUCAACCUAUGUAAUGAGAAUCCAUGACAUGCUGGAAGAUGCAGACCGAGAAGGCAACACUGAAGUUGUGAGCUGGCAAUCUCAUGGUCGAUCAUUCCGCAUUCAUAAGGAAUCAGAAUUUGUCGACAAGAUCAUGCCGCGAUACUUCAAGGCUAGACUUGAUAGUUUCAAGCGAUGGCUUCGUGCGUGGGGCUUUGUCCGACAGACGGAAGGCGUUGAUCGCGGCGCCUGGUACCAUCGCUACUUUGUCCGGGGAGUGACUACUCUAUGCAAGAAUAUGACUCGAAUCCAGAUGUUGCAGGCAAUGGAAAAUUGGAUACCCACGGGCCAAGCGCCAGAUUUCUACAAAGCGUCUACGUCUUUGCAAGGCUGGUACGAAAAUCCGGUUCCCAAACUUGGCGCUGCAUCAGAUAUGGAUGGGAUUGCAUCAACCUCUUCAGCGAUAUCUAAAGCAGCCAAGGAUCCGAAACGACUCCGAGGAAGAGUGCUUGAAGACAUUCGACAAAUGUUGGAAGAAACAACAGCUGUCGAAAACGAGAGGGAGAUUGUAUCAUGGAUGCCACAUGGAAGAGCCUUCAAGGUGCACCAAAGCGACGCAUUCGUCAAGUUGAUCAUGCCUCGGUACUUUAAGACAGCCAAGAUUACUUACUUUUCAGAUGCGUUGAGAUUAUGGGGAUUUUGCAGGCUGAAGAAUAAAGGACCGGAUAAGGGGGCCUAUUUUCACUUGCACUUUGUCCGAGGAGAUGCCACGCAAACCAGACACUUGUCACGAAAACAAAUGAAGGAAGUCAUGGCGAACUGGCCGGGUCCCAAAGGAGAGCCAGACCUGUAUUCAAUUCAACCGCUGGGUCAAAUUGGAGUACUAGCCACACCAGCAGCAGGUGGAGCGAUGGGUACACAACAAGCUCUAUUGCAAACGACAAACGUGCCUCCAAAUGCCGGUGCAAUGGUCGGAAGAACUCCAAUUGAUCCAAUUGAAUUCUUGAACAUGCCCGUGGAAGGAACUCAAAAUCCGAUGCUAUUAAAUCAAGCGGCAAAUGCUAUGGAUCCAAAUGCUGCCACCUACCCGACAGUAGCGGCCAGUGUAUCCGAGCGGCAGCCUUUAGCACCAGCUGGUAAGAGUGUUACCAGUGGUGAUACAACUUAUGUCAUACGAAUCCAUGAGCUAUUGGAGGACUCUGAAAAGAUGGGAUUUCAAGAUAUCGUCAGCUGGCGAGUUCAUGGGCGAGCUUUUCGCGUCCAUAACGAAGCUGAGUUUGAAGAGAAGAUCAUGCCACGCUACUUCAAAGCCAAAAUGGCGAGUUUUCAGCGUUGGUUGCGGGCUUGGGGCUUUGUUCGGAUGACCGAGGGCAAGGAUCGGGGUUCUUGGUAUCAUCGGUACUUUGUUCGUGGGGCCACGGAUUUGUGCCGAAACAUGAGCCGAUUAGACAUGUUCAAUUCGAUGAAGAAUUGGUUGCCAAUUGAUCAAGUUCCAGAUUUCUACAAUAGUGGAACUGGUCAAGUGUUUUCAGAAGCUCCAAAGAAGGAAGCCCCGGCGACUGCAAAUCCAAAGAAUCCCAAACGGUUGCGGGGAACCGUCUUGGAGGAUCUUCGGAACAUGCUCGAGGAUGCGGAACAAGAAAACUCAACUAGUGUCACUUGGCUGCCCCAUGGAAGAGCGUUCUUUGUGACCGACAAGGCCUCUUUUGUGACAUUAGUUUUGCCUCGUUACUUCAAAGCAAAAAAGUUCACAUACUUUUCCGACAUCUUGAGGAUUUGGGGCUUUGUUCGGCUAAAGAAACAAGAUAAAGGGGCGUACUUCCAUCGCUUGUUUGUUCGAGGUAAGCCCGAGCUAACAAGGAAUUUGUCCCGCAAGCAAAUGAAAGAGUCGAUGGCCGGGUGGCCUCCACCCUCCGGAGAGCCAGACUUGUAUGGCUCUGAGGCAGCUGGUUUGACGUCAGGUUCGACAAAAGGCCUCGCACCCUCGACCGGCAUUGUUGGCAUAGCUGAAGCACUGCCAAUCCCCGCGUAUGCACCAGGAAUUUUUGCUCCGAAUGAGCGUGAAGCAGGAGACAAGCAAAAAGUCGAUGAGAUGAUCGAGCCGAUGAGGGUUGAGAUAUGA